AUGGCUGUUUCUUCAAAAUUUAGCAUCAGAAGCCAAGUUAAAUCCAUUAGCUUGCCUUGCAGAUCACAUCCGAGCACUCUUCGGAUCGAACAAGAGCUCAACACAGCCAAAACGGACGCUGUGGCGGCCAAGCCAUCUGCUGAGACCAUUUGCAGUGGUUUGUCUCAGCUGAUGAAGCUCUACAUAUGCAUUGAUGAUCUUCUAAAUUUGUCUGCCACUCAAGUUUUGAUCGCUCGCCAACAAAACGUGAAGUUUGUUGAAGAUCUAAUAGAUGAAUCAGUGAAAUUCUUGGAUGUUUGUGGCAGCAUAAGGGAUAUGGUGACACAGAUGAAAGAGCACAUUAGAGAUCUUCAUUGUGCUCUUCGGAGAAGAAAAGGCGAGUUGAGCAGCGAAAACAGCAUAAUGAAAUACAAUUGUUUCAGAAAGAAGAUGAAGAAAGAUGUUAAAGGGUUGGUUGCAAGUUUGAAGCAAGUUGAUAAUAACAUGACCGGUGAUGGCUCCUUUGUGGUAGGGGAUUCUGAUGACUACCAGCUUGCAGCGGUGAUGAAGGCAGUAAUAGGAGUUAGUGAAAUGACUGUUUCAGUUUUUGAAUCUUUGUUGUCAUUCUUCUCCCUGUCGGCUUCAAAGCCAAACAGAUGGUCCCUUGUGGUAUCAAAGCUGAUACACAAGGGGACGGUAGCAUGUGAAGAUCAACAAGAACAAGGGGUUCUUUAUGAAUUGGAUAGCAUAGAUGCUGCACUGCAAACUCUAUGUAAAUAUGGAUCAUCAACCCAAUUGGACAAUAUGCAAAUUGCAAAAUGUAGAUUGGAAAGAGUGGAGGCUCAGCUUGAAUGCAUGGAGACCAGGUUGGAGUGCACGUUUAGGCACUUGAUUAGAACCAGAGCCACUCUCCUCAACAUCAUCUCCCAGUAAAAACCAACAUCACCUCUUUAGUUCAAGCUCCUGCUAGGGCAUCGAAAUUUUAGCCGAUGUGCUUUUGUAAUUCAAAAUUUUCAGUUCAAUAGCCAUGUACAUUGACCAAAACCAACAGUUAUGAUACAAAUUGAUAUAAAUUAUAUCACAUUUAUAUUCGUUGUUGUCACAACCACCAUAACUAUAGACCAAUAAAUAACUAGAUAUCAAUGUAUUUUGUCCUUUUGGUGAGGUUCAUCUUGGGACAACUAUCCCUUUCCUUGAGGGUGAGCAACUUCAAUGAACGAGCUUGAAGAGGCGGUAGCAUCUGUGAAU